CGGUAUUUAAUAUUUGAAAACAUUCACUCCGCAGGUUUGACCGUUGACCAAUUCACCAGACAAGUGACACAACACCACCACUACCGGCACGACGGAGCUCCGAAUGAUAAUAUUCUCAUUACAAUAAAACACAAAAACUUUUGUUUGUGUGUCGUGAUAUGCCCUACAAAUAAGAAAAAGAUAAAAGAAGAUAUAUAGUGGACGCCGAAUAUGAAGAAGAAAAUUUGUGAUAGUAGUGGUAAUGUUGAUAAUUUUAAGCCGAAAGAGAGGCACAUCGUUUCGUGGUCUAAAGAGGAGGAUGAUAUAUUGAGGGAACAAAUUCGUACUCAUGGAACCGAUAAUUGGACUAUUAUUGCAUCCAAGUUUGAUAACAAAACUACCAGGCAAUGUAGAAGAAGAUGGUUCACUUAUUUGAAUUCUGAUGUUAAGAAAGGUGGAUGGUCACCCGAAGAAGAUAUGCUCUUAUGCGAGGCACAAAAAAUGUUUGGAAACAGAUGGACUGAGAUAGCAAAAGUGGUUUCAGGCAGGACGGACAAUGCUGUGAAGAAUCGGUUCUCUGUUUUACGUAAGAGGAAAGCAAAGCAUGAAGAAUCAACUAAAGAGAACAAUGUCUACAAAAGGACAAGUAUUACUGUAAGUGGAGUUUCAGAAUCUGUGCAUCCUAUGAAGAUGAGGAGGAAACAUAUUGCUACUACUUCAGAAGCUUCUAAUAUAGAAGGAUUGAUAGGAGAAAGCAUAACUGCAAACAAACAACUAAGACCUCCACUUAUGGUACUCAUGCAGAACUGCAAUAACACCAACACGUCACCUGCUCAGCUUCAUGCCAACAGUAAAAAGGCCUCGCUAGAUGAUACAAGUGAAGUUGAACCAACUUCAUCUGAACCUAUAUAUCCAAAAAGUGUUGUUGAUGGUAGAAAUAUAGGAGCAACAAAUAAAGAUAUUUUACCAUCUACAAACGAAAUGAACAAUGAUGUUGGAGGUGUAUGUCCUUUACCAAGUUCAGAGUUUAAUUCGCCUCUUCAAGUAACUCCAUUUUUCAGAUCAAUGGCACAAUGCAUUCCGAGCCCACACUUUUCAGAAAGCGAAAAGAGCUUCCUACUGAAAACACUUGGAAUGGAAUCGACACCGCCCGAUACAACCGCUGGAACUUCACAAUCCCCACCUUGCAAAAGGGCCCUUCUCCAUUGCCUUUAAACAAACUUCUGAAUACCUGCAAACUCUUGGUUCUUUUCCAAAACCGGGUUUGAUAAAGUUCUGCUUGCAAAUCUAGAAUGUUCGGGUACACUCUAGAAUGAAAAGCAGAUUUGAUACCAUGAUAACUUUUCUAUGUGAGUGGCUCGUCUUAUUCUUUUCGGUGUGUUUACAUUCCUGGGAGUUCAAAUCUGGGCACUUGACAUUCCCCUUGACUACUUGGCCUAAUUCCAAGUUUUGUAUAGAACAUAUUCUUGUGUGUGUUUGAGAGUGUAAGAAUACAUCGGCGUGCAGCCGCUAUCUGCAUUCAUGCCCCCACUUAUACGCAUAGUUAGGGAGUGGGUGGCAGGUAGUAGAAGUAUAAAAGAGAGUGAAGGAGGAUCAAUAUCAACUUGGUGAAUUGAACUCCUAUUUUUUUGUUUUUUUAGGGUGUGUAGAGUGGGUUAUGUUACAAGUUUUUGUAUUGGCUUCUUUUGUAACAUUUGAUUCAUAAAAUGUUUGGCUUUAAUAUAAAUAUUGAUGAAUCUUGUGUGCUUGACAAUAGAAGUGUUUUGGUUGGAGAACA